AUGGAACGGGAUUUAAGAGGUCGACCGCAGUACUAUCUGAUAUUCUCUCUGGCCGUCGCGGACUUGUUGGUCGGCAUGAUAGUCACUCCACUCGGCGCGUGGUUCACCGUCACCGGCACCUGGAAUCUCGGAGUGAUCGCGUGUGACUUCUGGAUAUCGGUCGAUGUGUUGGUUUGCACAGCUUCUAUACUUCAUCUAGUGGCAAUUGCUCUGGAUAGAUAUUGGUCCAUCACUGAUAUCUGUUAUGUACAAAAUCGGACACCGCGGCGGAUCACGUUGAUGUUGGCAAUUAUUUGGUUCACCUCGUUGCUCAUUUCGUUGGCUCCGUUCGCUGGAUGGAAGGAUGAGGGGUUCAGUGAUCGGGUGCUCAAGUCACAUGUCUGCUUGAUAAGUCAACAAAUCAGCUACCAGGUGUUCUCCACGGCCACCGCCUUCUACAUCCCACUCAUCGCCAUCAUCGUAGUCUACUGGAAAAUCAUGCGUGCCGCGAAAAAGAGAUUCAAACGAGAACGCGACCGACGUACAGUAAUCCGUCCGCCGCCCGACGCGAUCGACGAAAAAAAGGCGAUGAUGCCGAAGAAAUCGAAGAAAUGUCCGUUACCACCGGCAGUGGUGAUAUCGGAUAUUCAGAAUAAUGGAGGAUCUGUGAAGAAUAAUUCGAUCAAGAAUCCCCCACGACACCACGAAUCGAGUUCAUCGGCUUCUGAAGAGGAACGAACGAUGACGAUGACGAAUUGUGGCGGCGGAGGUGACGUGGCGACACAGGAGACAAAAAUCGAUGGAGAAGAUGGGCGGGGCAAAGCGGGAAUUAUCAAAAGGAGGCGGAGGACGAAAGAGUCGAAUGAGAUGAAGAGGGAAAGGAAGGCUUGGCGGACGUUGGCUAUUAUUACAGGUACAUUCGUGGCGUGUUGGACGCCAUUCUUCCUUGUCUCCAUAUACCGCCCGAUUUGCGGAUGUCAAAUUUCACCGGUCCUCGAACAGGUCACAUUGUGGUUAGGUUACUUGAACUCGGCACUCAAUCCCAUCAUCUAUACCGUAUUCUCGCAGGACUUCCGUGCCGCAUUCAAACGAAUCAUCAAACGGAUGUGUCUCAUACAUGAUUAUUGA